AUGUUAAUCACCCCAAAAGGAGUUACUGGUUCAGAGAUUGACUCUGAGUCAGCAGAGCUGGCUUACCACAACUUGUCUGCUCCUCUAACACCCGGUUUCCUGUUUUCCAGCAAGAUGUGUCUGUGGCUCCCUGCAAGUUCCUGCAUAGCAGCUCUGACGGUGACACUGGUGGUGCUGAGCCCUCCUGGGGCUCCACUCAGGGACACCAGAUCUCAUUUCAUGGAGUACGUUAAAUCAGAAUGUCAUUUCUCCAACGGGACCGAACGGGUACGCUUCCUAGAGAGACAUAUCUUUAACCUGGAGGAAUAUGCACGAUUCGACAGUGAUGUGGGAGAGUUCCAAGCAGUGACAGAGCGGGGAGAGUCUGCAGCCAAGUUCUGGAACAACUGGAAGGCCGCCCUGGAGCAGGAGCGGGCCACGGUGGACACGUUCUGUAGGCUCAACUACUGGGCUGUUCAGACCUUGACUGUGCACCUGAGAGUUCAGCCCAAGGUGACCGUGUACCCCACCAAGACCCAGCCCCUGCCCCACCACAACCUCCUGGUCUGCUCUGUGAGCGGCUUCUACCCAGGCCGCAUCCAAGUCAGAUGGUUCCGGAACGGCCAGGAGGAGGAGGCCGGGGUGGUGUCCACAGGCCUGAUCCAGAACGGAGACUGGACCUUCCAGACCCUGGUCAUGCUGGAAACUGUUCCUCAGAGCGGAGAGGUCUAUGCCUGCCAGGUGGAGCACCCGACCUGGAGCAGCCCUGUCACCGUGGAGUGGAGGGCCCAGUCGGGAUCUGCACAGAGCAAGAUGCUGAGCGGAGUCGGGGCCUUCGUGCUGGGGCUGCUCUUCCUUGGGGCGGGGCUGUUCAUCUACCUCAGGAAUCGCACGGACCCCUGAGCUGGAG